CUGGGAAAACCAUGUUAGAUUAAUUUUCUGAAAGAAUACGGCUUCGUAUGCUACUUAGGAAGCAUUAAAACCCGAUCGCGGAGGUUAGACUAACCCCAUUACUCAAGCCUCCGAAAUUCGGGCAUCAACGGGUGUGUCACGCAAUCCGACACCCUUCCCCCCAACAACAUCCGCCGCAAAAGUGGUAACAGCAAACCGCCUCCUCAGAUUGACUAAACCAGACAAACUCCCCCAUCGAACCACCUCCAACAUGGCGCCCUCAGCUCACGGCACAUAUCCCUCGGACGACGAGCGCUUCGCCAUCUUCCCCAGCCGGCGCAGCGUCGUGCACGGCACCAAGGGCGUCGUUAGCACGACCUCGCCGCUAGCAACGCAGGCCGGGCUCCGAAUCCUGCGGGAGGGAGGCAACGCCGCUGACGCCGCCAUAGCAGCAGCAGCAGUCCUCAACCUCGUAGACCCGUCCAUGACAGGCAUCGGCGGCGACGCCUUCGCGCUGUACCACGACGCGCGGCCGGGCGGCAAGGUGCACGCGCUCAACGGGUCCGGGCGGUCCCCCGCGGGGCUGACGCUGGAGCGGGGGCGCGCGAGCCUCGGCAUCCCCGACGGCGUCGAGGCCGGUGCCGGGAGGGGCUUCCCGACGACGUCUGUGCACUCGGUCACCGUGCCCGGCGCGGCUGCCGCGUGGGUGGAUGUCGUGGAGAGGUUUGGGUCAGGGAGGCUGUCGCUGGGGAGGGUGCUUGCACCGGCGAUUGAGAUGGCCGAGGAGGGGGUUGCUGUUAGCGAGCUGGCGAGUUAUUACUGGGUGCAGACUGAAGCUGAGCUCAGGGAGAAACCCAAUGGAGUGGAGUUGUUGAAGCCAGACCCGGACGCCCCGGGGGGUUUCAGGGCCCCGCGGGCGGGCGAAUUCUACAAGAACCCGCUGCUCGCGAAGACCUUUCGACUCCUCGCCGAAAAUGGCAGCAAGGGAUUCUACGAAGGGUCCGUGGCUCAGGCCAUCGUUGAUGUGACAGCAAGCUUGGGAGGCUACCUCACACUGGAUGACCUGCAGCGUCACGGCGAGCGAGGCAGCGAAAUCACAGAGGCAAUCCCGAUCCGCUUGAACUCUCACCUCGCCUCCUUCGGCGACAAAGCGGACGAGGCUAACCUGGAAGCGGGAGCAAUCGACUUGUGGGAGCACCCUCCCAAUGGACAAGGCAUUGUCGCGCAGAUGGCCCUGGGCAUCCUGCAGGAGCUCAUCGGACAGGGAAAGAUUGCGAAAUUCGAGCCCGAAGAGCACAACUCGGCAAGGUACCUCCACGCAGUAAUCCAAGCCCUCCGCAUCGCCUUCGCCGACGGAAGCUGGUUCAUCACAGACCCAGACUCCUCCCCCCUCUCCCCGCUCUCCCUCAUCUCCUCGGCCUACCUCUCCACCCGCGCCUCGCUCUUCGACCCCACCAAGGCAACCACGCCAUCGGCCCACGGCUCCCCCUCCUCAGUCCACCGGACCAGCGACACCGUCUACCUAGCCGCCACGGACGCGGCCGGCAACGCCUGCUCGCUCGUCAACAGCGUGGCCGACACGUUCGGGUCGCGCAUCGUGCCCCGGGGGACGGGCCUCGUCCUGCACAGCCGCGGCUCGGGGUUCCACCUGGAUGCCGGGCACCCCAACGCGCUGGCGCCGGGGAAGAGGCCGUACAACACGAUCGUGCCGGCGAUGGUGACGCGGGCCGCGGGGGGGGACCUGCAUACCGUGUUUGGGGUCAUGGGGGGCGCGAUGCAGCCGCAGGGGCAUGUGCAGGUGCUGCUUAACAUGGUCAUGUUUGGGAUGAAUCCGCAGGUUGCGCUGGAUGCGCCGAGGGUCUGCGUUGGGGUUACGUUGCCGGGGAAGUCGACUGAUCCGAGCAAGAGUGUGGAUAAUACUGUUUACUUGGAGGAGGGCAUAAGCGAGGAGGUCGGGCGGGAGCUGGAGGGGAUGGGGCAUGAGGUUAAGUAUGUUAGGGGCAUGGCGAGGUCGCUUUUUGGUCGGGGCCAGGUUAUCAGGGUCCAUGAUGAUCCGGUCGAUGGUCGGAGAAUCCAUUCCGCGGGGAGCGACUUGAGAGGAGAUGGGAUGGCGGCCCCGCUAGUGUGAAGGGAAGAAAGAGAGAAUUAAGCAAGGCUUCCAAUUACAGACAUCAAAGACCAAGACUCUUCCAGGGACUGCCGGAAGACGAUGAACAAUUGCCCUUCAACCUGAUAGUAAUAAUUAUCAUUAAGCUCAACUUCAAGAAUAUCGAUUAGACGUCGCUGUUUCAGAUUUUGGUAUCUCUGCAUGCAUUACGGCAUAGUAAUGUACCGCGUUUGACUGUUUGUGAUGCG